UUGGAUUUCCAUUAAACAUAAACUGGGCCUGAAAAUUAUUUUUACUUAUGACCUAGGCUGGAUGAAGAAAUCAAUGCCAGUGAAGGUCUCUAAUUUCAAUGAUUAAAAUAUAUCAUUUCUCAGACUUUAUUUGAAGAUAAAUGAAUGGGCAAAUCACAAAUAUGCCUGUUUUCAAUUAUUUGCAAAAUUUAUUAGGAUUGUUAAUUUAAAGAAACUAUGAUUUCAAAGCAUCAUACAUUUCUAAAAAUUGUUGGACACUAAGAAAUAAAGAAAUCAAUUGUGAAGUGUAUAAUGGAGGAAAUAUUGAUCCAUGAUUGUUUUGGCAUAAAUAACAAAAAAUAUUAUAUUUUUUGUGACCAUGCAUUAAGCUUACAUAUAAUAUAAUAGGAAUCUUUUAAGAAAACAUUAUCAAAAAUAUAAGUUAAUAGCUGAUAGUCCAUUAUGAAUGACUGGUAAUCAGAAUUUUCUUCUUUAUUCAAUGAUGGGUGCAUAAUAAAUUUCCUUUAUAUGAUGAUGAUUGAAUCAGUAAAUUUUUCAUUAUUUUUAUAAAAUAUGUUAAUAGAGUGUAUAUUUAUGAAUUUUAAUUUAAAAACAAUAAGGGUCUAGAAUAUAUUUUUUUGAUUAUAAAUUACAAAUACAAAUGAAUAAGAAUUUAUUUUAAAAGAUUUUAAUAUAUUUUUUAGAUUAAAAAUAUAAUACAAAUGAAUAAAAAUUUAUUGUGCACAUAUAUUAAAAUAUCUAAAUAUAUAUUUCUUUAAUAUAUUUUGUAAAACCACUGGAAAAUUUUAAAAUUACACCCUCAUUUAAACAAAUAUAAAUUUAAUUUCUGAAUCACACCUCAUAAGAUAGGAGAAUUUUAAGAUUCAGCCAUCCACCGUCAAAUAAAGGAUAAAAUUAUGAUUCUCCAUCAUUCUUGAUGGCCAUCAGUGAAUGCCAAGUAACAAAACAAUAUAUAAAGUCAAAUGUGACUAUAUUAAUUGUAAAACUUCUAAAAUAAGAAGUGACAAAAUAAAUAACCAUUAUAAACAUAAACAUCCUCAUGUCAAGUUAUCUGAUAUCAAAUUUACAAAGAUAGCUAUCAAAAAGGAUAAUAAUUGGGUAUCCUUAAAUAAAGAUAUUCCAUUCAAUAUCACAAAUGGGGUUGAAACCAAGUUACAAAAAAAAUCAAUAACAUCUUACUUCCAAAAACACAAAUCUUUUAUUGAAGAUUCCCAAAUUAUAUUAUCUCAUACAAUGCCCAGUUCCAGUGAUCUGCUGAUUUUGAAUAAUGAGCUCAAAUCUUUUACUGAAGAUUCCCAAAUUAUAUUAUCUCAUACAAUGCCCAGUUCCAGUGAUCUGGUGAUUUUGAAUGAUGAGCAUGAAUCUUUUAUUGAAGAUUCCCAAAUUAUAUUAUCUUCUCAUACAAUGCCCAGUUCCAGUGAUCUGCUGAUUUUGAAUAAUGAGCACAAAUCUUUUACUGAAGAUUCCCAAAUUAUAUUAUCUCAUACAAUGCCCAGUUCCAGUGAUCUGGUGAUUUUGAAUGAUGAGCAUGAAUCUUUUAUUGAAGAUUCCCAAAUUAUAUUAUCUUCUCAUACAAUGCCCAGUUCCAGUGAUCUGCUGAUUUUGAAUAAUGAGCACAAAUCUUUUACUGAAGAUUCCCAAAUUAUAUUAUCUUCUCAUACAAUGCCCAGUUCCAGUGAUCUGCUGAUUUUGAAUGAUGAGCAAACACACAAAGUUAUUGAAAAUUCCCCAAUUAUAUCUUUUUUUCAUCCAAUUAUCAAUCCCAAUGCAAGCCAAAAUAUUUCAAACAUUAAAGGCCCAAAUAUUAUUCAAUUAUAUAAAAAAAAGGAGCCUAAUGACCCUUUUCAUUUCAUAUUCUUUAGAAUGACAAAUAUCUUGAUUAAUUUCAUAAUUUCCAUAGGCCCAUGUCAGCCAUGUUCAAAUAUAUUUCAAUAUCCUGUUACUCACAAAAGGAGCAUGAAUAUAUCCUAUUAUAAAAAGGUUAAUAUUGAUGGUUCCCUCAAACCAAGAAAUUGGUUAUCCUAUAGCACCACUUUAGACAAAGUCUUUUGUCUUUAUUGUCUUAUGUUUGGUGGCCCUAAAUCCAAUACUUUUUGGACUCAACUUGGAGUAAAUAAUUGGAAAAAUUUUAAGCGUGACUUAGAGAGACAUGAGUCAUCUUCUAUUCAUAAGGAUUGUGAAUACACCAACAUGACUUGGCUUGCAAAUAAGCGUAUUCAAGAUCAUUUUCUAUCAAAUAGGCUUGAUAUAAUAAUGGAAAAUCGUAAUAUAGUUCAUAAUAUUAUUGAUGCCAUUAUAUACCUUAUAAAAUGUAACAUAGCCUUUUGGGGCACUAAUUCGAAUGAAGGUAAUUUUAUGUGCCUCAUAAAAUUAAUGGCAAAAACGGUUCCAACUUUACGGGCAUACAUUGAUAACAACGAAAAAUUGAGGAGAAAAAAAUCAGAUAAAAUUUCAAGACCUUAUAUAAAUUUAUUGUCAUAUGGCCAUGUGAAAAAAAUUAUUGAAGUCAUUAAGAUAAAAAUAAUAAAAUGUAUUAUUCAAAAAAUUAAAGAGAAUUGUGCCUAUAGCAUCAUAUUAGAUGGAACAUAUGAUGUGUCUAAAAAAGAAUGCAUUGCUUUACUUGUAAGAUAUAUAGAAGAUGAUCCGCAUCCACAUCCUGUAGAAAGGAUCAUCCAUGUUUUUACAACAUCAGAAACCACCGGGGAAAAUAUAAAGAAACAUGUUUUUUCUAAGUUCAAAGAUCUUGGUCUUCCUCUUGAUUAUAUGGUUGGGCAAAGUAUGGAUGGUGCAGGGAAUAUGAGAGGAGUAUACAAAGGAAUGCAGGCUUUAAUAUUGAAAGAGGCUCCAAAAGCCAUAUAUAUUUGGUGCCAUGCACAUAGGCUCAAUUUAGUAGUUGCUCAUGUUUGUGGAUGCAAAAUAGAAAUGAAAAAGGUAAUGGGAAUAUUGGAUGAGUUAUAUAAUUUCAUGAAUGGGGUAAGACGUCAAGGAGUGUUUGUUAAAUAUCAAAUGACAAAGUCUAAAAAAUCUCUUAAAAGAAUAAAAAAUACAACAAGAAAUUGGUCAUCAUCUUAUAAAGCUGUAGAAAUUUUUUUAGAUGUUUAUGAACAUAUUAUAGCAUCAUUAAAUGAAUUAAAAGAUUCUAAUGACCCAAGCACCUCUUCUAUUGCCGAUGGAUUAUUAACAAGAAUUAAGGAUGAAGAUUUCAUAUUAAGUCUAUUUAUUUUGAAAGAAAUAUUGAAAUGCACACAUGAGGCUUGUAUUGAAAUGCAGGCAGUUGGUAAUGAUUUGGCUAUGGUAACUAAAUUAAUACAACACACAAAAAAUAAAUUACAAAGACUAAGAGCUAAUGGGGAUAAUAUUUUUUUAAAAUUGCAUUCCUUAUCUAACAGUUAUUUGAAAAAGAAUAAUGUUACAACGGAAUUGCAUAAUAUAAAAUCAAUAUUCAAAUUUGAUCAAACAGCAUUCAAUAAUUAUGUUAAACAAAAAAAAACAAGUUGAAUAAAAAAAGAUUUAAAAUUAUUAUUUAGCAUUAUAGAUAUAAAAGGGAAAUAUUUUUCCCUGUGCUUGAUACAAUCAUUAAUGAUUUAAAUGAAAGAUUUAAUUAUGAUUGUUUAAAUUUUUUAUCUCAAAUAUCUCUUUUUACACCAGCUGGAAUUAUAGCCAAUGAUAGAAUAGAAGGGUGGCAAAUAUCUCAAAUUUGUCAUACUUACCAAUUAAAUGCUCAAGAUAUUGCUCGUGAAUAUAAUGAUUUUCGAUCUUUAUAUUUGGAUUCACAAGCAAUCAUUUAUUGCAAGGAUCUUUUGAAAAUAAAAAAGAAUGAUGGGUUAUAUAUUGAUGAAAGUAUUGUAAACGAUGAAACCGAGGAAGAUAUCAAUAACGAUAACAUAAUUAAUACAAAAAAAUGGAUAAAAUAUUCAUUUAUACUACCAUAUCGUCUUUUAAAUAAAUUAAA